GCGUAGUGCCUCAUAAUAACCUGACCGGAGCCUCCUCCUGUAAACUUCCUCGUUCGAGAGGGUUACUUGACCUUAUGCUCGAUCGUACAACUAAUAUAACACAUACAUGACACCUCGGUAGUGUGAGCUUUUGUGCUCUGUUUCUGCCAGUUUUUGCAAGCAAUGAGCACGGCGCCUUCGUGGGACUCGACACGAUGGAGAGGCAGCGGUACCCCGGGCCAACCACAUCACGGUGAAGCAAGCAACUUAGUCGCCCAGCCUCCGAUGUCCGCCCCGACAGCGAUUCAUCCUAAUCAACAACGCACAUUCUUGGACGCUUUCCCAAAGGACAAUCGACCUCUGCGUCCAGCAACUGACCGACCGCCUUCCGAGAAACGCCCGCCUUCCGAGCCCUACUCCGGACCUGCCUACGAGCGCCAAAGCUCGGCUUCCAGUGGCAACUACGGCCCGCAGCAACUAGCGGCGACUUCACCUCGUCAGCGUACGACGACAGCCGGCGCUUGGCAGAGUUCGUACCAAGAUCACGUCGAUCACCGUCAGCACCAUGGUGCCGCUGGCACCCGGCUUACCGAACCACUGGCGCUCUAUAUUCCUACUACUCCAGAAACAGCACCUUCAACACAGGUUUUACGAUCCGAAACUAAUGGCCGACCGAGCCAUGAGCAGCGAAAUGUACCAUCGCUGCCGUCCUUCGCUACACUCCAAGAGCAUACCAGCCGGCUGUCCGAGCCAGAUGCCGAUGGACCGGAGAUUGCUCCGAUGAAUUCGCGUAUCUCAUGCUACCUUUGCACGAAAUUGAAGCCGAUGGUGCGAGAAGCAGCUAUCGCUGUCGCCGAGCUGGACGAGAACGUACAGUCCUACUGUAACCAGGCCGUCACCCGAUCAUUGGACAUACCAACCGAUAGUCCAGUUAGGACUGUGCAAUGGAUUAUUGACAGACUACGCAAUGCAAAGCGGGAUAUGCAGGAUUUCACCGCUCGCCGUUGUCAACCAGCCUACUUUUGGCCUCAGCCUCCUCAACUUCCGUCAGCGUCUCGUGCUGCCUCGCCGCCGGGAGACGGUGUCAAGCGUGUCGGAAGCUGGGACGAUCCACGCGCACUUAAGCGUCCUCGAUCAGGCGACUCUCCUGAAGCUGCUGGUCUGCGCAUGUUUGCUACCGCCUAUCAUCCCGAUCGGCGAGCAUCGCUGGACUUUGUCCCCCAUCAAACUUACUCCCCUCAGCCAGGCGACUCAGCACCGCAGUCUGCAUACCCGCGCAUUGGAUCGCCAGGACAAGCUGGACAGCAACUCCGUCCACUGCCGUCUCCGUCUUCGCUCGUGUACCCACCCUCGGUGGCUGCUUCUCUGCCAGCACCCACGGUCCACCCUGGCUCACCGGCUCCGUCUUAUCCACCGUCAGCGUCCGUUCAUACUGCGUCGACUAGCUCUGCAACCUCCGCUCAUAUUGCCGACCUCCAGCACCAGGUGACAUUGAAAUCGCUAGCCUUGCAGACACUGCAGUCGGAGUAUUCUAGCUUGCUCCAGAAGUUGCAGCGAGAGAAGGUGAAGAGUCAGACAAUCGAAAAGAAGACCAACGUCUCCGAGCAAGAGGUCAAUGACCUCACCGGAAAGAAUGAAGACUUAAGUGAGCAAGUCAAGUCUUUGGAGAUGCAACUCUAUGAGAGCGAUCGCAAGCGUGACGUUGAGCGUGCUGAAACUGUCAAGGAGAAGGAGCAGUGGGGUCGUAUGCUCGACAUGGGCAGUCGAUUACAAGCAAAGCUCGCUCGCGAAAGGCAAGCACUGGCUGAUGAGUGCUUGUCGCUGAAACGACGGUUGGCGAUUCUUGAAGCCGGGCAUUCUCCGCAGGCUGGUGGGAGCGACAAUGGCCUGCAGAACGCUCAUAAUGAAGCGGACACCCUCGUGCGACGUGACUCGUCUGAUCUAAGACGUGAAGUCGUGCGACUAAGUGACAAAGUCACGAUGCUAACGCGAGCUUUACAAGAAGCACAACGCAGUAGCCGGGCCAUAUUAGCAGACUCCCGGAACUUGAGUCAUGGGAGCGAUCAGAUUUGCGCAGUUAUUGACCAUGCGUUAAAAGACGAAAAGACAGACACACCAAGGAUUUCAAUCUCCGGUGCCCAGCAAAACGCCCCAUCCGCCGAUACAACAGCAUUCGGGAAUAACAACCACGCUGGGGUGCACCAAAUUUCCUGUCCUCCCCCUCUCUUACGGAGCGCACUAUCGCCCGAUACAGCAGCUUCAAGCAACACGCAUAACCUGGGGAUACACGACGGACCAGUUAUAAGACCGGCCCAGAUUCAGGGAAGCCCAACGGAAUCGAAGCCCCUACGCUCCCCGUCAACACUGCCACCGCUUAUUGGAAUAUCAGGCAAUGCGAGAAGCUACAUUCAUAAUUCAUUACUGACUCCAACAUCCGCCGUCGCUCCGUCGGUGGCUGAGAUGGCUAUUGCUGGUAGAGCUUCCACACCAGGUGCCGAGGAGUUGGGGGUCAAGGUGAAGCCGACCGAUUUAACUCCUGAAGAGCUCGUCAAGGCUCUCGGUCCGAUACCCACAAUGCAUCAGUCUCCAUACAGGCAUCUGCCUUCUCCGUAUCCAGUGCGGCAUGGACAGCAGGCUUCUUCGAAGUCAUCAGCAUCGGACCACAGCUCGCCGAGAUCCGUGCGGAGCUCACAAUCGCCACCACAUGCGCUGGGCUCAGGUUCCAAUGUAGCAAGCUUUAGGCAAUGGACUCAGGAACCGAAGCGUGAGCAAAUGGAGGUCUCCAUGCCGCCGCCGCCUCCGAGGCGGCCCUCAAGCGCGCAGUUGAGUAGUUAUGAGCUGCCUACGGGCUUGUGAGCUGUACUCAACGAAACACGUAACACGAUUGUCUGCAGCUUACUACAGUCGGUCGUUGACCGCAUCGUAUCACACAAACUAUCUUCAUGUAAUCUGUCGCACCAG